AUGCUCACUCGUACUCUCCGUGCUUCCGCCCUCGGGCGCGGGCGACUGGCUCCUAUUGCACGGACAAGAUUUACUCGCACCUUUGCUACACCCAGCGAGCACCAGCCCUCGCCGGAGCAGAAGCCCCCCGCGGACAAGAAGACGGAGGAGAAGAAGGACGGAGAGGUCCCGGAGAAGGGGAAGGCAUCAGAGGAGCAGCAGAGUGCAUCUGAGCAGCGGAAGGAGGAACCGUUGAAGGGCCUUGAAGGGUUCUUCCAGCGGUACCACCAACAGCAGCAGCAGCAGAGGCAGAGAGACACGAAGGGGAACGAGGAGCACCGGGACGACAAGGACUCUAACCAGAACGAGCAACGUCCCCCUCCUCCACCUAAUAAUGACAACAACUUCAACCCCAACCAACUCAUUAUACUCGCUACGACCGCCGCUGUAUUCUAUGCCCUCUCUAAUUCAUCCACCGGCACCUCCCGCGAGAUCACCUGGCAGGAAUUCCGCACCGCUUUCCUCGACAAGGGCUUGGUCGACAAACUCAUCGUCGUUAACCGGAGCAAGGUCCGCGUCAAGCUGCACUCAAAUGCCACGGGAGCGAUGUAUCCCAACGCGUCCCUUGGCGGUGGGGACUACUACUUCUCCAUUGGGUCGGUCGAGGCGUUCGAACGCAAGGUCGACGAGGCGCAGCGCGAGCUGGGCAUCCCCUCACACGAGCGGAUACCUGUCGCGUACCAUGACGAGGUCUCCGCUUUCAGCUAUCUGCUGAACUUCGCACCUACGCUCCUCUUCGCGGGUGUCCUCUUCUACCUGUCACGGAAGGCGGGUGGGACAGGAGGUGGUGGGGGUGUCCUGGGCUUCGGUAAGAGCCGCGCAAAGAUGUUCAACCAGGACACAGCGGUGAAGACCAAGUUUAGGGAUGUUGCGGGUAUGGACGAGGCCAAACAAGAGAUCAUGGAGUUCGUCUCCUUCCUCAAGGAGCCCGCCAAGUACGAGAAGCUCGGUGCGAAGAUCCCUCGCGGUGCUAUCUUGUCCGGGCCUCCUGGUACCGGUAAGACCCUCCUGGCCAAGGCGACAGCAGGAGAAGCGAAUGUUCCCUUCUUCUCUGUGUCCGGUUCGGAGUUCGUCGAGAUGUUUGUCGGUGUCGGUUCAUCGCGAGUUCGCGAUUUGUUCGCGACUGCGAAGAAGAACGCGCCGGCAAUCGUCUUCAUUGACGAAAUCGACGCCAUUGGCAAAGCCCGUGGCUCGAAACGGUCUAUGGGCGGCAACGACGAGCGAGAGAACACGCUCAACCAAUUGCUCGUCGAGAUGGAUGGGUUCGGAACGCACGAACACAUUGUAGUGCUCGCGGGUACGAACAGGGCAGACGUACUGGACCCUGCUCUCAUGCGUCCCGGUCGGUUUGAUCGGCACAUAGCCAUCGACAGGCCUGACGUAGGCGGACGCAAGGGGAUCUUCUUGGUACAUCUCAAGCCGUUGAAGAUGUCCGACAAACUCCCAGAGAUCGAGACGUUUGCACACAAGCUCGCCGUGCUCACGCCCGGCUUCUCCGGUGCAGACAUCGCCAACGUGUGCAAUGAAGGCGCGUUGCAUGCAGCCCGCAAUGGACACGAAUCGGUGGAAGAGUCUGACUUCGAAAGUGCGAUCGAGCGGGUGAUCGUUGGCCUGGAGAGGAAGAGCAGAUUGCUGAGCCCCGACGAGAAGAAGACGGUCGCAUACCACGAAGCCGGUCAUGCUAUCUGCGGAUGGUUCUUGGAGCACGCGGAUCCUCUGCUGAAGGUCAGCAUCAUCCCAAGAGGUGUAGGAGCACUUGGAUAUGCGCAGUACCUUCCUCCCGACCGUUACCUCCUCUCUAUUCCUCAGAUGUUGGACCGGAUAUGCAUGACCCUCGGUGGGCGUGUGUCGGAGGAGAUUUUCUUCGGCAUAGGGAACAUCACAACUGGCGCGCAGGACGAUCUGCAGAAGAUCACACGACUGGCAUUCGAGGCUGUAUCAAACUACGGCAUGAACGACGUGGUCGGGCCCGUCAGCUACGGUGGUGCGAGUGCCUCCGAUGAGCGAUGGCAGAAGCCGUUCAGCGAGAAGACUGGAGAGAUGUUGGAUGCGGAAGUCCGCAAGAUGAUCGUAACUGCGCAUCAGCGGACCAGGGAUCUUCUCACAAAGCACAAGGAGGACGUAGAGAAGGUCGCCAAGCUGCUACUGGAGCGGGAGGUCAUUACUCGUGAGGACAUGAUCAAGUUGCUGGGCCCACGUCCGUUCGCAAACCGCAAGGACGAUAUGGACAAGUGGCUUGACGAGAACCGGAAUCGGGAGAGCAGUGCACCACCACCACUUGAGACACCUGGUGAGGAGACACCUGCGCCAGCAGCGACAUCACGAGUGGACGAGCCAAGGCUAUAG